AUGAAAGCAGGCCCACUGGAUAUGGGCUAUGCCCGGCCCUUGGAGUUCACUCUGUCGGUGGUUGUGAAGACGAAACCAAGCCCGCUCGACUUUCAGUUCGCUGCCGACACUCUAGUCUCACAAUGGCCAGUAUUGAACCUACGUAUGAAUGCAUUGAAAACGAAAUUCCUGGACCCGAAAGACCCAGGGGAUCUAGCAGACGUCUGGAAAGGAAAAGAGCUUUCACAAAACCUCGGUGAUAUCCUUCAUCUCUCCGCCAAAGCAGAGUACGCCCAGUUGAUUGAAUCGGAGACCUUGGACAACACCUUGAAUUUCGGUUACGGAAUUCGACAUGCAUGGCAACAGCGUGUUUUCUCAGUCCGGACUAUCUUCCUGAACGACUCUUGUAUAAUCGGUUUCAAAUUUCUCCACCCACUCUGCGACGCGAAUGGUGCACAUGAAAUCAUUCAGGCUUAUUGCGCUCUGUUGAGGGGAGAAAGAAUCACCCACAUGCUCCAUGCCCGGCCUUCGUUGUCACUGAAAUCUGAGGUACUCGAGAAAUGUGCUGAAAUGAUUGAGUCGCACCAGAUUGCGGAUUUGCACCGAUAUUCCAUGCAUCGGACAUGGGCAGCAGGAUUUGGGGCCCUUGGAAAGCAGAUUGGGCGUAACAUCUGCUAUCCAUCCUCCAGACGAGUCAGCAAAACUCUAUUGGUUCCCCAAGGACAAAUGCGCCGCUGGAUGAAAGAGGCUGAAAACCAACAAGCCAGAGUGACGGAGCAUGACCUCCUAGUUGCCUUUAUAUACAAGUCCGCAUUGCAUCCCCCGAUCCAACACAGUUUCGGUUUGGCGAUUGAUAUCUCUAACAAACUUCAAUCGGAAGCCAACCUCUACAACCCUUGGUACAUGAUGCCAAUUCCAGACCCAAUGCCUACCAGCGAAUAUAGCGCCCCUCCUUUGAUCCGCUUGGCAACAGAAAUCCGUCACACAAUCGAGGAAGGCCAGCAGCCAGAGUGUAUAGGUGAGGUCGUCCAGCAGCACAGAGACACUCGGAAACAUCCCAUGAUCCCAAAAACAUACGGUAGCCGAGCUGCGCAGCCGCGAGUGGCUUCUUGGAAAAGCCUACCUUUAUUUGACCUGGACAUUCAAGGCGAGAAGCCGCUCUUUGUCCAAGGUGGUGUUGACUACUGUGGUCUUUUACGCGAGACUAGAACUCACCUUGAUGAUUUGUUGGUGACGUGGAAAGCCCGGGAGGUUGAUGGGUACGAAGGUGGGUAUUGGAUUCAUGGCAGGCUACCAGAGUCUAACUGGAAAUGUAUGGCUGAUGCUUUGAACUGCUGA